AUGGAGUGUCCUCAUGCCUAUUUAGAUACUCUCCACCCUCCCAGACCCAACCAGAGCGUCUACCGCGAAGACUGCACCCAGUGCUUCGAUUCCAUAGACGAUGAAGCUGGUCUCGACGUCUGCCUGCAUUGCUUCAAUGGCGGCUGCGCAGGGGACCGUAACCACUCUCUACUGCACUACUCCUCUACAAAACAUCCACUGGUCCUGAACAUUAAACGAAGCCGGAAACAAGUCCAACGAGAUGAACCCCCACCAAAGCUCACCAAACUCGCCAUUGCGGCGGAAACAGAGGAGGACAAGUAUGACACAGUCACAAGAGUCAAGUGCUAUGCAUGCCAAAUACAGGAUGUGAACAAGAACUCGGGGAAUUUGCCUGCAGUGGUGGACGGGGUCAUGAAGGCUAUGACCUUCGCUAAAUCAGAAGAAGUCAAGGCAUGGGAGCAGGAGUUUACGCCGUGCGAACAUACUCUUUGUCUGGAGCAGCAGCCUAGCCGGCAAAUUGAAUCACAGAACCUGGGAUCAUGUUCCAAGUGCGAUCUGAAGGAGAAUCUGUGGCUAUGCUUGGAAUGUGGCAACCUGGGUUGUGGCCGCGCACAGUUCGGUGGUAUUGGUGGCAACUCCCAUGGCCUGGAUCACGCAACAGAGACUGGUCAUGCUGUUGCAGUCAAACUUGGUUCCAUCACUCCAGAGGGGAAUGCCGACGUCUAUUGCUAUCAGUGUAACGAGGAACGGAUCGACACUGACCUGGCGAAGCACCUCGCUCACUGGGGCAUCAACAUUGCUGAACGGGAAAAGACUGAAAAGAGCCUCAUGGAGAUGCAGGUAGAGCAAAAUUUGAAAUGGGACUUCUCCAUGACAACAGAAGAUGGCAAAGAGCUAUCACCGCUCUUUGGACCGGGUCUCACAGGUCUGAAGAAUAUCGGCAACAGCUGCUAUCUUGCAAGCACGGUGCAAUGUUUGUUCGCAUUGCCAGACUUUCAACAGCGUUAUUACCACCCCAACGAACCGCCUCCAGCCACUGAACUUCCCGCCGAAGACCUAGAGACACAGUUGCGCAAGCUUGCUGAUGGAAUACUCUCUGGUCGCUAUUCUCGUCCCGAAAACAAUGUUCAUGCUGCUCCCGACAGCCCCGAAGUACCACACCAAAAGGGUCUUUCCCCGGCCAUGUUCAAACAUCUGAUCGGACGAGGACAUGAGGAGUUCUCGACCAUGAGACAACAGGACGCUUUUGAAUUGCUACUCCAUCUCUUUAAGCUCAUCAAUAUCUCCAAUGGCUCUCGCCCUUCGGAAGACCCUGUUCAGUCAUUUCGCUUCGCGAUGGAACAGCGCUUGCAGUGCCUGAAUUGCAAGCGAGUGCGAUAUCGAACCGACGAGCAAGAUAAUAUCUCUAUUCCUGUGCCGGUCAGGCGGAAGCCGGUGACCAACGGUGACAGUGGUGCAGCAGAUACAACGAAGGGUGCCGAAUUCGAGCCGGUCUCACUUAAGGAAUGCCUCGACAUCUUUACGGCCUCCACUUCCGUGGAGUUGACCUGCCCUGCUUGUGGUUCCAAGGGAGGAUUCUCGAAGUCAUCGAAAUUUAAGACGUUCCCUCGCAACCUCGCAAUCAAUCCUCUCCGCUUUGAGAUCAUCAACUGGGUGCCCACUAAACUCGACAUCCCUGUCCAGGUCUCAGAUGAACCGUUUGAUCUGAGCACGUACAAGUCUGCUGGACUGCAGCCGGGCGAAGAGGAACUACCUGAAGACGCAGAUGUGGGAGGGUCUACAUCGGCUUCUGCUGCUUUUGUCCCGAACGAGGCGGCCCUCGAGCAGCUUGCCUCAAUGGGCUUUCCUCUCGUACGAUGCGAAAAGGCACUUCACGCUACGGGCAAUGCAGAUGCCGAAGCAGCCAUGAACUGGCUGUUUUCACAUAUGGAUGACCCUGAUAUCGACGAACCUCUAAAUCUUGGUGGCGCCGACGCCGGUGGAACUGGCUCGAGCGACGAUGCUGACAAGAUUGCUCAGAUUGGUGACAUGGGAAUCAGUGUACCGCAGGCACGCAAAGCUCUACGAGAAUGCAACGGCGAUGUCAACCGAGCUCUGGACUGGGUCUUCAGCCAUCCAGAUGACCAAGGGGAUUUUGGCGAGGAUGUCCCUGCGGCACCCAGUCAACCAAAGGCACUCCCCGGCAGCGAUCAGCUUCCCGCCAAAUUUGAGCUCCAGAGCAUCGUCUGCCAUAAAGGCGCCAGCAUUCACGCCGGUCACUAUGUCGCAUUCAUUCGUGAGGUGAUCCCCGGCGAAGGCAAGGAACGACAGUGGGUUCUGUUCAAUGACGAGAAGGUCGUCAAGGCUGUGGACGUGGACGAAAUGAAGAAAUUCGCAUACAUUUACUUUUUCCGCAUGAUAUGA